AAAUCUUCGUUAGUUUAAAGGAAAAAUGUUCUUUAUUAGAACUAUAGUGAGAAGAAGAGGAAGAAGAGUUUAAAAGCAUUGUUGUGUUUACAAAAUAGUUACCGGAUCUUUUUAAAAUAUUAACGGAUUGAUUUCAAUAACGGUAAAAAAAAAAAAAAAUUUGCCUAAAAGAAAAGAAAAUUCAUUCAAUAUAAAAAUCAAUAUAAAAAUGCGUCUCAUUAAUUUUAUGUGUAUUUUAUUAUUUUGUUUUAUAAAUAUUAAUGAAAAUAAUGGAUAUCGAAUAUUGGGAAUAUUUCCAUCAAAUGUGAGAAGUCAUUUUGUAAUGUUUGAAAAAUUAAUGAAAGGUUUAAUAAUAAAAGGACAUGAUGUCGAUAUAAUAAGUUAUUUUCCACUCAAGGAGAAAAUUAAAAAUUAUAAACACAUUUCUGUUGAUGAACUACUACCAGCUAAACAUAAUAAUGUUAGUUUUCAAAGUUUUAUAAAACCAAUGAGAAAUAUUUUUUGGGUAUCAUUGGUCGCCGACGAUAUUGGAAAUAAAUUUUGUGAUAUCUUUAAACAUCAACAAGUGAAUGAUAUACUUAAUAAAUCUUCUCAUGUGCCAUAUGACCUUGUUGUCACUGAGUUAUUUUUUGCACCAUGUUAUUUUGCACUUGGUCGUUAUUUAAAUGUUCCAAUUGUUGCAAUGUCAAGUAAUGCAUUAUUUGAUUUUAUGAAUGAUCCUUUUGGAAAUCCAAUAAAUCCAUCAUUUAUACCAUCGGGUAUGGUAACAUAUUCACAAAAAAUGACAUUUUGGCAACGACUCGUAAAUACAAUUUGCACGAAUUUUAUGAAAAUUAUAUUCAAUCGAAAUAUUCAAAUACAGGACAAAUAUGUGGAAAAAUAUUUUGGACCUGGUUAUCCAACUGUUUAUGAUUUACAAAAAGAAAUUGCCUUAAUACUUGUCAAUUCACAUUUUAUAUUCAAUGGAAUUCGUCCAAUCACUCCUUCAAUCGUUGAAGUUGGUGGAAUGCACAUUCAAGAUGAGGGAGAAAAAUUGCCACAGGAAAUACAAAAAUGGCUCGAUGAAAGUGAUGCUGGUUGUAUUUAUGUAACAUUUGGAUCAAUGGUGAAAAUUGAAUCGUUUCCUGAUGAAAUUUUAGAUGCAUUUUACACUACUUUCCGAAAUAUCGCACCAAUGAGAGUAUUAAUGAAAAUUGCUAAUGAAAAAGAAUUACCAUCUGGAUUGCCAGAAAAUGUAAAAACACAUCAUUGGCUACCACAACUCGAAGUUUUAAAGCACAACAAUACCAAAGUUUUUGUUACCCAUGGAGGCUUAAUGGGAACAAUGGAGGCAAUUUAUUACGGAGUUCCUAUGAUAGGAGUGCCUUUAUUUGGAGAUCAACAUUCCAAUAUGCAUCACUAUGAACGACAAAAAAUUGCCAUCUUGAUGAAACUUGAAACUAUUACUGCUUCACGAUUCACAAAUGCUAUUCAAACUAUUUUAAAUGUUCCAAUUUACAGGACAACAGUGAAGAAAUUAUCGGAAAUGUUUAAAGAUCGACAGAAUUCACCUUUGGAAACAGCAAUUUUUUGGGUUGAAUUCAUUUGUCGAAAUGGAAAUGUUCUCAAAUCACCGGCCAUUGAUUUAGAAUGGUGGCAAUUGAAUCUAUUGGAUGUUUAUGGAUUUAUAUUAUUCAUUAUUUUCAUUACAUUUUAUAUUAUCUAUUCUCUUUCAAGAAUUCUGAUAAGACUUUUACGAAGACUGAAAUCUCAUAAAAAAUUCAUAUCAGGAACUGUAAAGAAGAACAUGUAGAUUAUUCCAUGUGUCUCACACACUCUCUAUACAACUCUCUAGUCCAUAUUAUAUAAAUAUAUAAAAAUUUUACAUUUUACAAAUAUAUAAAUAAAUUUUUUUAUUUCAAUUCAUAAA